AUGGGAAGAACUCAACAUAUUUAAGACAGCUCAAACGAUUUUUAUGCCUAAGAGAGAUCCAAGGCAUCAUUUGAAGUCAAUGACUUAUCACUUGUUAUUUGGGGAUCACAAGAAAAAAUUGAUAGGAUCAAUAAAUUACAAAGAAUAUGUGAAGAAGAUCCUUUGAUCAGGUAUGAUCCUAAGCACCUUGGAGCUUCUAGAGAAGAAAUCUUCAUAUUAAUGGCUUAGAGAACCAGAAGAAUGCAUGAGUUAUUAGGCUUUCACAAUACAGAAGAUUUUAAUUACGUUUUGAGCAGUCACAUUGAUAACCAGCCUUUUUGUGGUCUUCAUUGGAAGAUGUUCAUUCCAACUAUUAAAUAUUUGGGCACAGAUAAACAAGUCAAGUACUGGAUCCCUUUAGCUGAAUCUCAUUAAAUUUUCGGCACAUAUGCUCAAACUGAACUCGGGCACGGAUCGGAUGUCCAGAGCUUAGAAACAACAGCUACUUUUGACAUAGAUAACCAAGAAUUUAUUAUCAACAGUCCUACCUUGUCUUCAACCAAAUGGUGGCCUGGUGAAUUGGGUAUUACUAGCACACAUGUUGUAGCCUUUGCCUAACUUUUAAUUGAUGGAAAGAACUACGGAGUGCAAGCAUUUAUAGUUUAAAUAAGAGACACCGAAAAUCAUGAACCACUUCCUGGAAUAACUGUUGGAGAUCUAGGAGUCAAGAUGGGUUAUAAUGCUAAGGAUAAUGGGUACCUAAGAAUGAACAAUGUUAGAAUACCUAGAGAAAAUAUGCUUAUGAGAUACGCUAAGGUAAGCAAGAGUGGUAUUUUCUCUAAGCCAAAAAAUGAAAAAGUAGGCUAUGCUUGCAUGAUGGAAAUCAGAACUGAUAUUAUCACGAGUUGCUCUCUAAUUAUGGCAAGGACUCUGACAAUAGGCACAAGAUACUCUCUCUUUAGAACAUAAUUUAAGGAUUCAAACGGCAUAGAAAAAAAAGUCUUAGAUUACUAAUUGCAAUAAGAAAAAAUAAUUCCAUAUAUUGCUGAAACAUACGCCCUCCUUGCAGGUGGAAGAAAAAUAACACGUCUUCACUAACAAAAUAUAAAAAACAUUUUUGAAAGAGAAGAUUUUUCUUUAUUUAAAGACUAUCAUGCUAUCGCAAGUGGAUGCAAAGCUGUUUACACUGCAAGAAUGCUUGAAGCCAUAGAAAAAGUAAGACAAGCUUGUGGUGGUCAUGGAUUUUCAGCAUUUUCAAGAUUCGUAGACAUCUACCAUGAAUUCUCUCCCUUUGUUACUUAUGAAGGUGAAAAUACAGUUUUAUCUUUGUAAACAGCAAGCUAUUUAGUGAAAGGCUUAAACAAGUCAUUAAAAGGAGAAAAAAUUCCUCCCUUCAUUGAAUACUUGAAAUGCGUUGUAGGAAUUGAAAACGAGAAAUUUACUGCCUAAUCUAAAAGGGAAGUCCUUAACAUAGACUUAAUAAGAAAAUGUCUUAGAUACAAAGCAGCUUAUUUGGUAAGCAUAGCAUCAUAAAAAAUUAUGGAAGGUUUAGAAAAAGGUCUUAGCAUGAAAGAGACCUGGGACAGUUAUGCAGGAAUCAACUUAGUUGACGCUUCCACUGCUCAUGUAGAAUAUUUCACAUAUACUUCCUUCCUAGAAAUGAUAGUCGAAGCUAGUAAUGAAAGGGUAAAAGAAGUACUUAUCAAAUUAUGUUUACUCUAUGGAAUCUAAAAGCUCAUCACAAACCCAUCUUGCUUCUUUGAAAACGGUUAUAUGGCUGGUGAAUAGUUUAAAAUGAUCAAAUCAGCAAAAGAAGACCUAUUAUAUGAAUUGAGAAACGAAGCAUUGAGUUUAGUAGAAGCCUUCUGUUAUAGCGAUGGUUGUUUAGGAGCUCUUGGAAGAUCUGAUGGAAAAGUUUAUGAAACCCUAUAUGAAUGGGCAUCUAAUUAAAACCGUUUGAAUGAUAUACCAGUAUAAAAAGCUAUACAAGCAGAAUUAAGAAAAAUCAGAGAUGUUUCCUAUAUGAAACCAUCUCUCUGA